AUCACAGUUGACUGUGGGUAACAAACCGUGGAAAGCAAAACUACAUUUAAGGGGGGACUGUUGUGUUCAGGGAUUGACAGCUAGGUUGUGGGGGUACAAAAGUGAAUAGGAUACAUUCUCCACCUAUAUAUAUAGUCUACAGACCUUUGUCAUAUGUUACCUUGCUGGCUUGUUCUUAGAAAUCAUCAUCAGACUUGGAAUCAAACUGUUUGGCCCUAGUGAAUCAACCCAAGUUAAUACCCCUGUGACACAGGUUUCUUUUUUAAAGGAGAAAAAAGAUGAGCAUGUAUAGGAUUGUUCAUCUCCUCAUUCCCACCCCAAUGUGGAGGAAAGUAGGUUUUCAACUUAUAAAAGACAAUGACUACUGAUGAAGGUGCCAAAAACAAUGGAGAAAACCCAGCAGCAGCUGUUGCUGAACAGGGAGAGGAUAUUACCUCUAAAAAAGAUAGAGGAGUAUUAAAGAUUGUCAAAAGAGUGGGGAAUAGUGAGGAAACACCGAUGAUCGGAGAUAAAGUUUAUGUCCAUUACAAUGGAAAAUUGUCAAAUGGAAAGAAGUUUGAUUCCAGUCAUGAUAGAAAUGAACCAUUUGUCUUUAAUCUUGGCAAAGGCCAAGUUAUCAGGGCAUGGGACAUUGGAGUGGCUACCAUGAAGAAAGGAGAGGUGUGUCAUUUACUGUGCAAACCAGAAUAUGCAUAUGGCUCCACUGGCAGUGUCCCCAAAAUUCCCUCGAAUGCAACUCUCUUUUUUGAGAUUGAGCUCCUUGAUUUCAAAGGAGAGGAUUUAUUUGAAGAUGGAGGCAUUAUCCGAAGAAUCAAACAGAAAGGAGAAGGCUAUUCAAACCCAAACGAGGGAGCCACAGUAGAAAUCCACCUGGAAGGCCGCUGUGGUGAAAGGAUGUUUGAUUGCAGAGAUGUGGUUUUCAUUGUUGGCGAAGGAGAAGACCACGACAUUCCAAUCGGAAUUGACAAAGCCCUGGAGAAAAUGCAGCGGGAAGAACAAUGUAUUUUAUGUCUUGGACCACGAUAUGGUUUUGGAGAGGCAGGGAAGCCUAAAUUUGGCAUUGAACCUAAUGCUGAGCUUAUAUAUGAAGUUACACUUAAGAGCUUCGAAAAGGCCAAAGAAUCCUGGGAGAUGGAUACCAAAGAAAAAUUGGAGCAGGCUGCCAUCGUCAAGGAAAAGGGAACUGUGUACUUCAAGGGAGGCAAGUACCUGCAGGCGGUCAUUCAGUACGGGAAGAUAGUGUCCUGGCUCGAGAUGGAAUACGGCCUGUCCGAAAAGGAAUCGAAAGCUUCCGAGUCGUUCCUGCUCGCUGCCUUCCUGAACCUGGCCAUGUGCUACCUGAAGCUCCGAGAAUACACCAAAGCUGUGGAGUGCUGCGAUAAGGCCCUGGGACUAGACAGUGCCAAUGAGAAGGGCUUGUAUCGGAGGGGUGAGGCCCAGCUGCUCAUGAACGAGUUCGAGUCAGCCAAGGGCGACUUCGAGAAGGUGCUGGCAGUCAACCCCCAGAACAAGGCCGCGCGGCUGCAGAUCUCCAUGUGCCAGAAAAAGGCGAAGGAGCACAACGAGCGGGACCGCAGAAUCUACGCCAACAUGUUCGCCAAGUUUGCGGAGCAGGACGCCAAGGAAGAGGCCAGUAAAGCAACGGGCAAGACUUUAGGAGGGGUCACCAAUGAAAAAGAAACAGGAAGUCAAGCAGUGGAAGAAGAGAGAGCCAGGGGCCAUGUAUGACACCAGGCAAAGGAGGGAAGAGCCUCUGAACUCGGCCCUCCUCCACGGGCUUUCCCCAACUCAGGACUCAGCAGUGUUCAAUGUCAAGUUCAUCAUAGUCUCUGUGAUUCUGGAAGCAACAGGCAAAACCAGUAGCUUCCCCCAGACCACACCCUGCUGCUGCCCAGCGCUCUCACCAAGGGGUGGCAGGGACCACUCCGGGGGGGACAACAGACGGCUGCCGGCCUGGAGACAGCCAACAGCGGAAGUCCAGCUCAUUUCAGUUGAUGUCAACUUUCACUGCCCAAUUCAGGGUCCCUUGAGAUAAUCCUAACAAUUUGGGGCUAUUAGGUUUUACAUUUAAUUGAAUUUUAAUAGCAAUUCAGAAACCUGAAAAUAAAUGCUUAAUGAAUUUCUCCUUUCUUACAGUUGGAUGAGGGAAAGGAGGAUGAAGUUGUUGUUUUUAAAUAACUGAAGUGCUGCAAAUGCAACUGUUGUGUUUUUAACCAACAGAACCCACAGUAGAAGGGUCGGUGCCCCGCAGGCCCACAGCCGCGUCACAGACUGGAAAGCCAGGACCUCAAGGCCUCAGGGCCACUUGCUUGCUGUCGUAGCCCAGCCCCUGUGAGCGGCCACCUGUGGCAGUGGGUUUCUCCCACGCCCAGCCCGCCCUCAGCAGGAACCCUGCCACUCCCAACUCUCCCGCAGGGACCGCGGCAGAGGGCUUCUUCACGGUCUCUCUCUGUUUGGGAUGGAGUUCUGAGAGGCUGAAAUGUGAAAAGAGCAAUCAGAACUGCGCUUGUUUUCCUUCCUCUAUUCCUUUUAGGGAAUAACUGAGCGCAGUGCUGCCUGCCGGCAUCGCCACUGUGCAGCACCUGAUUCCAUGCUGCCCGCUCUGAGGGACGUAGACUGUUCUCACAAUACCUCUGACUGGAGGGGAUGUAUCACAUAUCCUCUUAGGAUCCAUGCAGCUUUCUUUGUUGUCUUUUUAAAUUUACUGGCUCAUAAACAUUUGUAUACUG